AUGGAAUCGAAAAAUAGGAGCAUACAGAGGUUUCGAUACCGCUAUCUCUUCUCUGAGAUGUCCGGGGAGGGUGAAGCCCCCGAGACAGAGGCCGUGCCCAACGAGUCACCAGAAGACGGCACAAGCUCUUCCUACAGGAAGUUGAACGUCUACAUCAGAUACACGCUCGUCAAGGACGAGGUCCAGCGUGCUUGUGUUGGCGAUAGGCUUGUGCCUGACGGCUCGACAACUGAGUUCGAAUCCCCACAACCCGGCACAGAGCACAAGUACGAUUUCCAAGCUGAGUUCAAGGUCCCUGCUGUGUCGGACUACCUGCUCUUCAAGCUCAUCACGGAGCCGAUCGAGUUCACAGUGGAAGGCAAUGAAGCUGCUCCUCGCCCCUCCUGCUCACGGCCUCUUCAGGUCUUCAUCAAGAUUGCGCUGUCGGAGAUGCUCGUUCCCCCUGACGAGCUGCCCAGCCUCAACCUGCUCUCCGUCAAACUUCAUUCCCUGCACCAGCUGCCGCCGCUGUGGGGCCCCAGCGAGGACAAGCAGGAGGACGCUCACGACUACAUCUACUCGCUGCUCUACUCGUUGCCAGGGGAGGAUCAAAUCCUCGAGCUCAAGGCAGAGCCUGGAAGGGCGAUCGCCAAGGCAGGCGCCGAGCCUGCAGAGCCUGAAAAUGCAGAGCAAGGUCAAGAAACGAAGGAAGGGGGGGAGAAAGUGGAGAAAGAGGAGGAAGAUGAUGAGACGUUUGAAAUCCAACGGACUGAGUCCAAGGUGUUUGCAAGGAACGAGAAGACAGAUGCGCGUAUAGUCUUCGAUCACCAGCACCGGGGAGUCAUUCGUGGAUCGGCGACGAGCAACCUGAAGAAGAUGCUCUCGAGUCGCAACGCUCUGUCCAUCGAUCUUAGGAGGCAGCUGCGGAGUGGGGAGGACUACGUGUACGCCAAGAAGUAUCACGGUGUUGUCUACGUGGACUGCGACAAGUUGCUGGUGCCCGGAGAGACCAAGGUCGUCUGCCGCUGUGCCGUCCAGCCUGCGGACGAUUACGCGCGGCCGACCCCGGAGGAGCUCGAGGCCUGUCCUCCACCUGGUGGGGAGCCUGAGGAGGACGAGGACGCGAAUCCUUACCUGCUCGCUGAGACCUACCUCCUGCUGGAGAUCGAGCUGCUGAACCCGCUCUUCGAGAAGCCGAAGCCUCCUCCACCCGUCCUGCCCAAAGUCGGGGACUUGCUCCCUACCCGGCCUCCCGUGGAUGUGGUUGAGAAACCACUGUCAGCUGCCGAUCAGUUCGGCGACGAUGUCAAGGAGAUCAUCUACCAGUUGGCGGACGAGUACCAUGAGAUGUUCCUCGGCGAAGUCAGCUCCAACAUCUCAGCGGAAGGGAUGGAGGCAAGACGACAGCAGGCUAUCUUUCAUCUGAACUCAUCUGGGAAGUACUAUGACUACAAGGAGAGACUGAAGAAGAGCAUCGUUCGCCUGAUUCAUGAGAAAUUUCACAAGUCAGGUCUUGAUGCGACGUCGGAGGAAGGAAAGAAGUUCAUCUCCCAGCUGUACGUCUACCUGCAAGAGCUCAUGAACAGCAACCUCAACAAGAAGAAGUACCUGAGGGAGCAGAUGAGGCUGGCGAUCGAGGCAGAAAUGAACCAGGAUCUCCACCUUGCUGCCUCCCACCUCAACCAGCGCAUCAUCACCGACGCCUCCGACGCCGUCCUCUGGUUCGACUACGGGACCUUCUGCAUCCGCGCUGGCAUGCCUGAGAAGGCGGAGGAGUGCCUGCGAGAGGCGCUCAUGCUCGACCCCCGACAUAUCCAGGCGCUCAUGAGCUACGGAGUCCUGCUGUGCACUAUGAAUCGAUAUGCCGAUGCAGAGACUUACUUCAAGCGCCUACAUCCGCGCGGACUCUUCGCCUCCGAGCUGCAUGCAGUGCAACUCGUGGAGAGAGCAGCUGCUCAGGACCUUGUCAAGAACGGGCCCAGCCAGGAGUUUGAGAUCCUGCUGGCGAAGACCUACUUGUCAGUCCGGCAGCUGGAGAGGGUCAAGGAGAUGCUGCUGCCCCCCGACGGCAUCUUGGGCAAGGACAAGAGGCACGCGGUCGCCAUGACGCUGUUGGGGCAUGCGCUCUUCCUCGAGGGCCGCUGGGACACGCUGAGCUGCGACAAGCCCGCGAGCUCGUCGGGCAAGGAGGUCAUGAGCUUCUACGAGAAAGCGAUGGGUCAGCGCAGCCCCAACCUCGAGCCCCUGCAGUACCUCCGGCUCUGCCGCCUCUACCUGUGGACCGGCAAGUUCUACGAGGCCAAGGAUGUGGCGAUCAAGGCGUGCAAGCUCCUCCCCUCCGCCUCCUCCUGGCUGGCCCUGGGCCUCGCCUGCUACAAGCAGAACGAGCUCGGGCAGGCUGAGGAGGCGCUGUGUGAGGCGAACAUCCUCGACCCGUCGAACCCGCAGGUGUGGGGGAUGCUCUCGGUGAUCGCCAUGGAGGCCGGGAAACCGGACGAGAGCGAGCUGGCCCUGCAGCAGGCGCUCAAGCUGGGGCUAUCGACGUCAGAGACGUUCCCCGUAGGGACUUUCAUCCUAGAGCAGAUGGCGAGGCUGCAGGUCAAGGCCGGCAUCUUCAGCCUCGCGUCCUCCACCCUCCGCAGAGCCCUCGAGACGAGCAACCGUGCGGCGCUUCACCUCCUCCUCGCCCAGACGUGCCUGGGAGAGAACGACCUACCUGCUGCCGCCGAAGCUUGUCGGCAGGUGUUGGAGCAUGAAGUGCAGCCCUCAGAGGCGGAGAGGAAGGAUGCGCUGACCCAGCUGGUCGCCAUCUACAAGCGACUGAAGCAGCCAGCCCUCGUGGACAAGUACUCCCACAUGCUCAAGAAGGUGGGGCAGUGGCAGAGUGAGGAGAAAGAUACGGAGGAGGAGGAGGAGGAGGAGGAGGAGGAAGUAACAGGGCCCAGAACCUGCAAGUAA